AUGUCUACUACUCCUCCUUCGUCUUCAUCGUCGCAAAAGCAAAACAAACUCAAGCGAUCCAAGACUUUCACUGGCUGUUUCACUUGUCGAGCUAGGAAAAUAAAAUGUGAUUUAAGACGACCACAAUGUGAUAAAUGUAUCAGGGCCAAGUUGACGUGUGCCGGGUAUGAUGUCAAGCUCCGAUGGUCGCAGCCAAUCCAAUUUACUCCAUUAAAUAACGGAGAUGUGAAAGGCACACUGGUGAAAUUUCCCACGUAUGAAAAUGGCGAUGCACCAGAUGAUGCUGAGAUCGAUGCCGAGAUAGAUGCAACUGCACCAGAAUAUUUUCACCGACGAUUUGUUGAAUAUGUGGAGUGGAAAGAACCAUAUACGACAUACGAUCAGAUGAAUUAUGAUCUUGCGUAUUUGCAAAAUAACAGGCUAACGUCUAGGUUGAAACCGCAUGGCGAUACAAAAAUGAAGGGACCAUUUGGAGUAUUUCAAGGUAAGGUUGACCAAGAGAAGGACAAGGACGGGAGAAGGUCUACGCAACAACUGAAGAAGAGAAAGAUUAUGAUGGAUAAAAGAAGUGAUUCGCCUGCUGAAGAGAGGUCUAUCGCAACCUCCACAAAAAAGAACGAUGUUGCUAUGAUCUCAAACGAUGCCCCACCACAGGACCAGUUUUGGUUAUCAAAUGAGUUGAAAGACGCUGCAUUGGUUACUGCUGCUGCUUUAAACACCCACUUUUUAGACAUCAUGAACAAUUUUGACAAUAAUGGGGACGUGUUGCCACAAACAGGUGAUCAAGGAAGGACGGCUGAAGAUACGAAUUACAAUUUGAAUAACCCUGAUUUGUUCAAUUUGGUGUUUCACAAUAAAGGACAAACCUUCAAUUCCAUGCAGCCUCCAGCGUCAGCCUCAAACUCAAACAUGUCCAUGUCAAAUUUAUUGAAUCAACCUGACAAUCUCGUGGAUCCUAUUUACUAUUCCAAUUUUUCCAAUUUUUUCUACAACAACCCCUACCAAAUGAAUGAAAACUUGGAAAUUCAGUUGCAUGCACAAACAACAAGUGCAGAUGACACCGAGUAUGUUGACGGUGACCAUUCAAAUGAUAGCAAAUUAUUGGCGUCGAUAAUGAAAAUUGUUCAGAGUCCGCUAAAUGUCAAUUUUGACUUGACAUUACCAACGCGGCAGUCGCAUGUAGGUAUUCCUACAACUUCGUUGCAAGUACAGCCGUUGACGCGUUAUUUAUUAAAUUACUAUGUGACCGAUGUCGCAGAUUUGAUGACGGUGAUACCACUUACUGAAAAUCCGUGGAAGGCGAUUUAUUUCCCCCGUGCAUUGAUGGCAAUAGGGGAGCUUCUGGCCUUGGGUAAAACUUCGAUGGCUAAAAACGCAUUGUUGAAUGCUUUGCUAGCGGUAUCAGCGUUCAAUUUGCAAUCAAAGUUUCCCAAGAAUUCGCAACCAAUGCGGUUUUAUCUCAACUUGGGUAUUGCGUUGCGUAACCAAGCCAGUUUGUUUGUUAAAAAAUUGUUGAAUCUGAAGAACGAUGUACAAUCUGGUAUUGAACAUUGUGUUACGCAAGAAAAAUACAAAGACGUGCUUUGUGCCGUAAUGACCAUGAUUAGUGUUGAUCUAGUUUGGGGAACUAUGCAAGAUACCGGUUUGUAUAUUGCGUGGUGUGGUAAAGUUAUUGUUGCAAAGAUGGCAACCAAGAAGAAGCUUUCGCCAAAAGCAAGGAUCUUGCAUCGUAUAUUCUCAUCAUUGAAGUUGAUCCAAGACUCUACGUGUUUGAAUUUUGAAAGCAUCAAGGAAAACUAUGAAUCAUCGACUGGGAUUGGUGGGUAUGAUGUCAAUGGAGAUAAAUUUGGUAACGAUAGAGAAAAAUCCAAAGAAGGUAACAAAGGGCGUAUAGACUUUAUUGUCAAUAGCUCCUUUUCCAACAAGAACAGCUUCAAUUCCGCCAUCAAUGCAACUACAUCGCCCCAGUUUGUAAAUAAGAAGUUGAUAAAUACCAAGAAGAAUGACGAGAAUUUUGCUACUGAUGCAUUGUACGGGUUACCCAACUCGUUGAUUUUGUUAUUCAGUGAGACUGUUGAGUUGUUGAGGAUACGCAUAUAUUACACUACAACGAAAAAUCCAUUACCUAGUGACUAUAAAAGUAGAGUAGAAACUUUAAAUGAAAAGUUGGAUGCAUGGGUAUUGGACUGGGAAUUAUACAAGGGACAAGAUAUGGAGUUUAAUAAGACCAAUCGGAAAGGAUCUGCAGAGGAUGGAGAAUCUGAAGAUACACGGGGCUCACAGUCUGUCGCUGGAAACGCACCUACAGCCCUUAACGAUGUUGAUACUGCCGCUAAUACUGAUGAAAACUGCUCUAGAAAGCAAUUUUAUUCACCCAUGCAUGAAGUUACGUUUCACCAUAUUAUGUCAUUUUACCAUGCGCUCGUCAUUUACUUUAGCAGAUUUAUUAAAGAUGUCUCGCCUACCAAAUUGCAAACAAGGGUGGUGAAAACCCUCAAUCAUUUGAAUUCCAUUCAAGACCUUAUAGCCAAAGAUGAAGCAGCAAUAAUCCCCUUGUUUUGGCAAGGUUUCAUCGCUGGAUGCGAAGCGCUUUCGACGGAUUUGCAAUUGGGCUUCAAGAAAUGGGGUGCUGAUAUUGCCCAGUAUUUGGGCUCAUAUUGGGGAGCAAGACAGAUUAUGUUGGAGGUAUGGCGGAGGAAAAGUAUGAAGGAAGCAAGAGAUGACUGGGUUAGUGUUGUCCAGGAUUGGGAAAUGAACUUGAUGUUGAAUUAG